AUGGCAAGACUCACUGAUGAUGCCGAUGAAACGUCUGAAAUUGUACCAAGUUCAUGGUCUGAUGCCUGUACUUAUGAUAACUACUAUGGCACAGGACUUGAGACAAUGUGCGUUCAACCAAGUCGCGAAAACAAGGCCAAACCCCUUCCCACCUCAUAUGUGCUCUCAUCUCCUCCAAUGUCGCCUAAGAGUAUGUUGCUGCAAGUAGGUUUAAUGAAGCAUAAUCAUCUCUACGACCUGUACCAGAUGCCUUUUGCAGGGCUCUUCUGA